AUAAAUAAAUUAGUAUUAACAAUGAAAUAAUAAUAAAAUAUCACUAGUUAAAUAUAAAUAUAAAUAAACCUUCGAGUGUUCAAAUAUAAAUGUUAUGUUUAACUAAAAUAAUUAAACUUAUAAUUAAUAAUCAUGAAAGAAUUAGUCCAACAAACUAACCUUUCAUCGUCAAUAAAUCAUCACUAUGGAUCCAAAAAUAAUAAUAGCACGAGCACAACAAGUACAAGCAAUAACAGUACAAACAUAACGAACGGUAACAAUCAGCGUAGAUAUGCAGUUUUAAGUAACGAAUGGGUGUCUGUGAUCGGCGAGGAAUUGGGCAUGCACCCACUGCCCGAUUCGCUGCUAAAAAAACUCGCCGAAGAUGCUUCCUACCGCUUACGAGAAAUUUUGCACAAAUGCGUGACAAGAUUGAGCCACAGCUGCAGGAAAAAGCUGCUCUCAACGGAUGUCAACGCUGUAAUUACAACACUUUGUGAUGCUGAUCCAGUUUACGGGUCUUCGGAUCCAAUGCCAUCCUACCACUCAGAAGCACAAGUAUUUGUUCCUCACGAAGAGUUGGUGGAUGUUGCCAGUGUGGCGUUGGAACCGCUUAAUUUAACGCAAAUUAAUGAACCGCACUGUGAUGAAGAUGAAUUUAUUGACGCUAAGCUUACAGAGUUUCGUCACGCUUACGCUAAACGAGCUCUUAAAAUUUUAUUUAAUGGAUCUAAGAAGACAUUUCAGGUUUUACUGAACGACUGUAUGAACAAUACUCACUUUGAUGGAGAAGGAAUAUUAAAUAUUUUAGUUUCAAUUGCUAGAUCAACUGUAAUAUCGAAUAAUGCUCAGUACACACGUGUUACAACACGUGCUUGUCAACUUAUUAUAGCAAUCACUUCAAAUACUGCUACUGUGUACCCUUAUCACAUAAAUUCGGUGGAAAAAUUAACAGAGUUAUUGUUAGAAUUGUUAUUAGGUCAAAGUUUUAUAGAUUCAAAUGUAGAAACAUUAUUCAAGACAUGUGCAUUGAAAUUAAUGCUCAGGUGGCCUGCAAAUGCAGACAAAUUUCUUCCGAUGUUAGAAAAUGUUCUAUCACAAGACCAUAAACCCAGUAAUACGAUUAAUAAAAAGAGAAUAACUGCAAUGGAAUUGUUAGUGGGGAUUCAGCCCCUGGUAUUUUUCCAGUCCACUUCUUCGCUAUCGCUGGAUAAUCUUUUAAAAGAAGCACCUGAAGGUUCUUCACUGUGGCAUCAAGUUGCACUUUCAGUUAACGCGCUGGUGAGGUCCAAUCAAACACUACCAAACCUUAAAUUAUUAAAUGAAAAUUACGGCGAUUCAUUGUUGCCAUACUUGGAGCCAAUAGACAAUGAAGAAAGUAAUGAAAAUUUACCACGGAUACUUCCUAUUAUUGUAAGGAGUAAAAUAAGGUACGCUAAAGUACGGCCUAGUAUCAAAGCUCCCAGUGAUAGACUGAGUAUAUUUCCUGAUUCUGUUUUACGCGGACCUCGACGAGAAAUAAGGUUCGCGUUUGCUGGUGGUAGACCAGUAGCUCCAAAUAAUUUACGAAGAGUGAGUUUACGUGCCAAUUAUCAGAUAUUACGUGGUGAUAAUCGUGCAACGACUGCCAGUGUUGCUUGUCGACGUCUUUUGAUUCUCAAAGACAAACAAAACAAACUUAAAAAUACUUACAAUCUAGCUGCUAUCCAACUUUAAAUUAUUUUUUCUAUUAUUAUUAUUUAAUCAAAAUUAUUUGAUACCUGAAACUUGUACAUAUAACUUAAGUGUAAAUUAAAAGCGUGUUCUUUCGUA